AAUUAUGACAACAAUUAAAACUGUUGCAAUUAUAACAGGUGCCAGUUCGGGAAUUGGAAAAGCAACAGCUUUAUUAUUUGCAAAAAAUGGUUAUCGACUUUCUCUUUGUGGUAGGAAUGAAGUUAAUUUAAAACAAGUUGUUGAUGAAUGUAUUGGGUUUGGGUUGUCUAAUGAACAGAUUGUGACUACUAUUGGAGAUGUUCGGGAAGAAAAAACUUUGGAUAAUAUAGUCAAACAAACUAAUGACAAAUUUGGGCAGAUUGAUGUUUUAGUAAAUAAUGCUGGAAUAAUAGAUAGAGGAGGGGCUGAAACAACUCCUUUAUCUGUUUUGGAUGAUUUAAUGGAAGUUAAUGUUAAAAGUUUAAUCCGUUUGACUCAAUUAGCCGUGCCUUAUCUCGAAAAAACUAAAGGAAGUAUUGUUAACGUUAGCAGUAUUUCUGGAAUCUGUGCUUUCCCGGCUGUCACUUAUUAUUGUAUGUCUAAAGCUGCUGUAGACAAAUUUACUGAAUGUUUGGCUCAAGAAUUAGCUCCAAAAGGGAUUCGUGUUAAUGCUGUGAACCCAGCAUUAAUUGUCACUUCUUUGCAUCGAAGAGCUUAUAUGAGUGAAGAAGAAUAUAAAGAUUUUGUUGAACGUGGAAAGGCAGGACACGCUUUAGGACGUUGUGGAACAGUCGAGGAAGUUGCUAAAGGAAUUCUUUAUCUUGCAAGAGAUGCAACUUUCACAACUGGGGAAUUGCUUAAAAUUGAUGGAGGAAAAUCUCUUUUAGUGCCUCGUUAA